AUGGAAGGCAGCAGUUCUGUAAGUAAUUUUUUUACUUUCUUGUGCUGCAUGUUAUUCUUUUUUCUUUCACUAAACUCUAUAUCAGCAUUAGACAAUUUAAGAGCCAACCAGACUCUUAUAGAUGGGAGCAUAAUUGUUUCAGAUGGUGGUCAUUUUGAGCUCGGUUUCAUUAGUCCUGGAAGGUCCACAAAUCGGUAUGUUGGUAUAUGGUACAAGAAAACUAUGAAAAAGGCAAUUGUUUGGAUUGCCAAUAGAGAAUCUCCUCUUAGUACCACAUCUGGAAUCUUGAAACUUGACAGCAAGGGAAGCCUUAUUAUUCUUAAUGGUUCUGAUGUAGUUUGGUCAUCAAACUACUCGACAUCUGUGAAUAAUCCUGUGGUGCAGCUGUUAGAUUCUGGGAAUCUUGUUAUUAGAGAUGAAAAUGACAAUGGCACUGAGAAUUACUUGUGGCAGAGUUUUGAUACACCUGGAAAUACUCUUUUACCGGGUUAUAAACUGGGGUGGAAUUUGGAAACUGGGAUUGAAAGGUACCUUAGUUCUUGGAUAAGUGAGGAUGAUCCAUCUCCAGGUGAAUAUACAUAUCAUAUCAAUCGUAGUGGAUUUCCACAGCUGAUCCUGAGGAAAGGCUCUGCUUUAGAUUUUCGUCCUGGGCCUUGGAAUGGUGUUCAUUUUUCUGGCACACCUAACUCGAAACCAGAUCUAAUUUAUAAGUAUGAUUUUAUUUCUAAUAAUAAGGAAUUGUAUUAUCAUUAUGAAGUUGUUAACAGUUCAGUUGCUAUGAGAAGGAUAUUGGAUUCACUUGGUAAUAUUCAAACAUGGACAUGGACUGAAAAAUCUGAAAGUUGGCAACUUUAUUUUACUGCUCAGAGGGACGAAUGUGAUCGUUAUGCAUUGUGUGGAGCUUAUGGCAGUUGUGACAUAAACAGUUCACCUGCAUGCGCGUGCUUGGAUGGAUUUGAACCAAAAUCUGAAAAAGAAUGGGAAACAGCCAAUUGGUUAAGGGGGUGUGUAAGGAAAGUAAAACUGAGCUGCGCUGAAGGAGACGGAUUUGUGAAGCAUUCGGGGUUGAUAUUACCAUAUACUCAGCGUUCUUGGUUUGAUAAGAAUAUGAGUCUUGAUGACUGUAAGAGGGUAUGCUUGAAGAAUUGCUCGUGUACAGCUUAUGCAAGUACAGAUAUCAGAGGUGGCGGAAGAGGAUGCUUGUUAUGGUUUAAUGAGCUUAUUGAUAUGAGAGAGCAUAAAGAAGAUGGGCAAGAUCUUUACAUUUGA